AUGUCAGGACCGCUCGAUCGGUUCGCCAGGCCUUGUAAGUUUCCAUGGCAGAAACGAUCAGUUGUUAGUUGCCUUUCUAUGUUUUUCCCUUUCAAUUGUCCCUACGACACUGCCUGUCUCUUUAUUUAGGGAAUUUAGGUAUCCAGUAGGGAUCGUGGGCGAUUUUUUGAGUUGGAGGUGCUUUAUAGGAUGUUUCCCUGCUUCAGUGUUAUCUGUGUCCUCAUGGUUAACAUCCGUCACAUCGUCUUUACACAUGAAUUUUGACUUGCAGGGACUAAGGGUCCAUCUGAUUUUGUUUUUGACUAAUUCCAAUAAAAAAUAGGUUUCGUUCUUUAACGGUUGCAUCAAGAGUCUCUCUAGGUUUCUACUCUUUUUCGUGAACUUCGAUGGAGCGUUUAAAACGUUUGGACCCAUCGAUGUAGGGUCAAUUUAUAAAAAUCAUUUCUGCAGACGUCUUCAGUCAUGGACAUACUGUUGGGAAAGUGUUCAGUUGGGAAAGUGUUCAUGUUUCUAAUGGAGCCAUUAAUCUUGUAUGUCUAUAUUUUCGUUUCUGCACACCCAUGUGUAAUGGCCUUGCUUAUUUUAGCGCUUGAUAAUGCGACGAUAAUUAUGGUGCUAAAAAGGAUGCAGUUCUUAUAUCAGCAUUCAAGGGAUCAUGGCAGCAGCGGCUGUCGCAAGCUAUACUUUCAGAAAGAUCUGACCUAUUACUGCCUUAUUGGCUGCUGGAUUGAAGAGCUUGAUUUUUGUCUAGGGCAUGAUAAAAUUAAUGAUUUCUUCGGUUUAAAUUAUUAUUUUUGUUGUGAUUCAGUUCAGUGCAGCUACAUGAACUGAGUUCUUUCCCUAAGAUUUUCACUCUCUUCACCAUUGUGGUUGUUACUUUUUGCCAUUGUGGUUGCAGUGCUCCACAAGGAAGAAUCGAUAUGCAAAUUACAAAAUGCACUUUAUAAAAUAUUUCAACAUUAUUGUUGUCUUUCUUUUCCUCCUGUCCAGCCAAUGCAAAGAGAGAAACAAACCUGAUGGUUUGAAAACUGUCUAAAGAAAAAAAGAGAAAUUGGAUGAAUAAAAUGUAGAGAUACUGAUGGUUGGGAAAUGCUUACGGCAAGGUGCUUUAAUACAUGCGUCACACCCUGGUUUCUCUCUUUUGUAGCAGGCUGCUUUUACAUUUGUAAAUCUUCUAAGAAAGUUUUUAUUCAAUCUGAAAAAGUGGGUUAUCAAAUUUGAAAGGGCCAUGUGAUCUACUCUUAGAUCAGUCGCUGUUAGAUUCCAAGACCUUCAAUGUGGGUUAUCAAAUUUGAAAGGGCUAUGAUAGCUACUCUCAGAUCAAUCGUUGUUAGAUUCCAAGAACUUCAUUGUUUGAUGUAUACCAUAUAUGACUGUGACACGUGCGACAUAUGAUACCUAAGGAAGCCUGACCUGGUUUUGAUGUUUUCUAGGCUUUGAGGGGUUCUCCUGCCAUGAUGAAAGAAGAGAAAGGAAAUCUGAUUUUGAAAAUUCCGAAGAUGAAAGGAGAACGAGGAUAGGAUCUUUAAAGAAGAAGGCGUUAAAUGCGUCCACUAAAUUCAGACAUUCCUUGAAGAAAAAGGGCAGAAAGAAGAGUGAUGGUCGAGUUAGUUCUGUUUCAAUUGAAGAUAUCAGGGAUAUUGAGGAGCUGCAAGCUGUUGAUGCAUUUCGACAGGCAUUGAUUUUGGACGAACUGCUGCCUGCCAGGCAUGAUGAUUACCACAUGAUGCUGAGGUAUCUCUUCAAUUUUUGAGUUUUAUUUUAUGAUGUGAAUUAUGCCUUUUUGUAUUGUUUAGUUUUCAUGCUCCAGUUUUUAUCUUUUGUAGUGAACUUGAUCUUUCUUGCUCCUUAGUACUAGUACGUAGUACCUCUGCGCAAUCGAGAAUAGUGACUGUUUUGUGCUUCUUUAUUUUAUAUUUUUCGUACCAAGGCUGAUUUUUUUUCUCCGGAAAUGCUGCAGUCUGUAUUUCAUUGGUGAAAUUAAUGCCUAGUCGACACGUUUUUGAUGCCCCAAAGCAUUAUUUCUUCAUUAGAUCUCCGUGAUCAAUUGUGAGUCGUUGGUGACAAUCUGUGUUAUGAAUCGCAUCCAGUCCUGAUUCAAUCAAGAUUGGGGUGAGAAUCAAAAUGGCCAAAGCAGCUGAACUUAGAAACCCAAUUUGGGUGAUUCAGGACUUCUUUAGCUCUGUUUAGUAGUUGGAGCCAUCUGGUUUGGAUCGUGUCUUCUAUCCUUGUGUAGAUUGGCUUUUGUCUGGGUGAUUCAUUCAGAAUUGGGUGAAGACAGUACGAUUUAGCACUAAAUCAGGCUAUCCAUCUCAAUGCCGUGGAUUGGAACUCCUAAGAACAACUCCCCUCCUCCGACUCAACAUAUGGUUGGUUUAUACAUAUAUAGGCGAUCCUGAACAUAUAUUGCAGUAUACAUUUAUGCAGUUCCCUUAUCCUUGCUUAUAUGGGUUAUGGGUUGAAUUUCGAACAGACAAACUUUCUCAAUGGCGGAACUUCCCCCAGCUCUUUGUUUUGCUCUUAUCUUACUUGGUGGGACCAGUUAGUGAAUGGAUAGGUCGAAUACCUUUCCAGAAAAGUGACCAAAUCCUCAGUUUCUGACUUUUUUUCCUUUUUUAAAUUCAGAUUUUUGAAAGCACGAAAAUUUGAUGUUGAGAAAGCUAAGCACAUGUGGGCUGAAAUGCUUCAGUGGAGGAAAGACUUUGGCGUUGACACAAUCAUUGAGGUAAAAAAUGUCUGUCAUGCACUGAUCUGGGCAUGCAGUUGUAGAGCAUGCAGUAUGUAACGGUGCAACAAUUCGUUUCUGUAACUGUUCCCGGCAAUGCAAACUAUUUUCUCUGGUAACAUCUUCUAGGUAUUCUAGAAUUGGGUAUUUGUGAGAAAUGGUUUUACGAAUUCUUGAACGCAUCUUAGGACAAAACCAAUUUAAUAGAACCAAGACUUUUAGGUGGAAGUAGAGUGAUUUUCAACAGAAAGAAAAUAAUUUCUAGUUGAAUCUGUGUACCAUUUUCAGCUGGCUGAUUUCACUGCAAACUCGUCUCUACUGUGUGCAUGGUUGAGGCUGGCUGAAUGAGUGUCAGUGAGCAUUUCUGUAUUGUAUUUAGUGAAGGCUUAGAGUAGAAUUCGUCUGCAUGGCGAAUGUAUAUACAUUGGGAAUAUAGACCUAGCUCUUGUCAUUGUACAUGUAUUUUCUUGUGACCACUCUGUAUACCAUUAUUCUGUUGUUUCAGGAUUUCGAAUUCAGUGAAGUAAAUGAAGUUCUCAAGUAUUAUCCGCAAGGUUAUCAUGGUGUGGAUAAGGCGGGGCGGCCCGUCUACAUUGAAAUAUUGGGAAAAGUGGAACCCACGAAGCUCAUGCAAGUGACAACCAUGGACCGUUACAUAAAGUAUCAUGUUAGGGAAUUUGAGAGGAGCUUCUUGAUCAAGUUUCCAGCUUGUUCAAUUGCUGCAAAGAGGCACAUUGAUUCAAGUACAACGAUUCUUGAUGUUCAUGGCGUGGUACACUGCCCUCCCUCUCUCUCUCUCUCUCCCCCUCUCCCUCUCCCUGCUAUGCAUCACUUCAUUUUUAGAUGCUGCAAUUCUGGAUUACACAGUUGCCAAUGCCAUAUGCCAUUUGCCCAGGGAUUGAAAAAUUCGAGCAAGACUGCCAGAGAACUUCUCAUGCGUCUGCAGAAGAUUGAUGCAGACAACUAUCCGGAAGUACGGAUUGACUCUUGUUGUAUAACUAAUGAACCACUGAAAAUUAGAUGAAUAUGGUCUAACCAUAAUUUAUUUGUCUUAGACUUUAUCUAGGAUGUUUAUCAUCAAUGCGGGACCCGGUUUUCGGCUACUAUGGAACACUGUGAAGUCUUUUCUUGACCCCAAAACUACCUCAAAGAUUCACGUAAGAGAGUUCAUUCUGGUUCUUAUAUUUUUCAGUCUUUUGUGAUUUAUUUUUAGUUGGUACAUACUUUCUUGUCUUCUCUUCCUUUAGGUUCUCGGAAACAAGUACCAAAGUAAAUUGCUUGAGAUAAUCGAUCAUUGGUAAUUAUAUGCUCAUUUUACUUGUUGAAUUCAUACGCCUACUAAUAUCUGCUUUCAGUAUGAUUUCUGGCGAUGCUCAUUCUUCUACUUUCUCAACUUUCGGUAGGGAAUUGCCAGAUUUCCUUGGUGGUACUUGUACUUGUGCGGACCAGGGGGGUUGCCUUAGAUCAGAUAAAGGUCCAUGGAGGGAUCCUAAUAUAGUGAAGGUCUCUCUACUUGUUGACUAGCAUUAUGUUUUAUAAUAAUCUAUGUAUCAUUGCGAUCUAUGCUCUGUUCCUGACACAAUGACUGAUGUGCAUAGAUGAUUCUCAAUGGCGAAGCACAAUGUGCACGGCAAAUUGUUACUGUGUCCAACAGCGAGGGCAAAAUCAUUGCUUAUGCUAAGCCACAAUACCCAGUGGUGAGGACAUUUCUUCAGGCUAGCAAUAUGUUCUUCGGGUGGGCUUCACUGCUUCACUUUUAGCUAGUUGCUUAUGUUUAACUGAUCUGCAAUCCCUUUUUUUCUCUGCUAGAUUAAGGGUGGCGACACAUCAACUGCUGAAUCUGGAUCAGAAGCUGAGGAUGUGAUCUCCCCAAAAGCACAUAUGACCUUCGUCCCUCAUCCCCGAUUGACCCCAGUUCGUGAAGAGGUAACUUUCAUUUGCUGAAGGAUUCAAUAUCUUGACUAGCACCGUGUGCUUUCUCUUCUCAUAGAAAAUUUCCGUCUUCAAUGAUGUAUAAGGAAUUGGCAUACAGAAAAAGGGUAGGGAAUGUUCUUUGCUUUUUUGUAUAAUUGCUUCCGGGCAUGGUCCUUUCCUAAAAUGGCUUCAUUAAAGCAUGAAAAUCGAAGAUUAUAUUGUUUGGAGGUGUAUAUAAUUACCCAAUGAACCUCACUUCUAGCUUCAAUCUGCCCUCAUUUCAUUGGCCAAAGUACUGAUCAACUUGCAUGUAAUUACAAUAUAUUUAAAUUUUAUUAAUGGCCAGAUACUUAUUUCUUUCUCUCUUUGCUCAAACUACAGGCUAAAAUCAAUGUGAAAGCAAGAGUAGGAGGUAGCAUUUCGGAGUACGAUAUUCCCAUGGUGGACAAAGCUGUGGAUUCAGGAUCGAAGAAGGAACCUCUGGGGAAACGUCUGCCUUCCCUCACAGGUCUCACUCGUUCUCCUCCUUCAAAGCUUGCUGAUGAUGGCAUCCAUGGUUUGCACUAUCUUCUAACCGUGAUUUACAGGGAUGUAUCGCGCAUCUGACAACCACAAGCCUCCCCGGGGGAUCCGAGGGCAAGUAAUCGCUUUCUUCAUCGCCCUUGUGGUGACUGUAUAUGCAUGGUUUCAGUCCAUUACCAGCUCUGCAACCAAGAGGCUCCCAAGCGGACUCCCCUCUGAGAGCUCUGAUAUUGACCGCCGCGAUCCCCCGACCUCUGUGGUUGACCCCCCACCUCCUGGAUUCUCGGAGGCAGAUCUCCUCUCCUCUUUUCUGACCCGGCUGAGUGAGCUGGAGGAGAAGGUCGACGCCCUUCGAGCAAAGCCGUCUGAAAUGCCUUCAGACAAGGAGGAGCUACUCAACGCUGCUGUUCGCCGUGUGGAUGCUCUGGAAGCUGAGCUCAUUUCCACUAAGAAGGUACCAACCAGCUCAGCAUUAUUUUGGGCAGUUCUCAAAUUUUUUUAAAAAGAGGGACGGAUCAUUAAAUCUGGCAUUUGACUCCCCCCCCCUGCUGCCAGGCUCUGUACGAAGCUCUGAUGAGACAGGAGGACCUCCUGGCCUACAUAGAUCGCCAAGAAUAUGCCAAGUUCCAGGUGAGGAGAAGCACCCCACACGCCAUCUCCUUCUGCCCCUUCUUUGUUUUUUGUCUCACUCACUGGUGACCUCUUGACUCCUCUGCAGAAGAAGAAAUUCUGCUGGUGA